UAAAAAUGGUGGGUUCGAGGUAUAUCUUGCUGUUCCUAGCCGUGUUUUGUUUCCUUGAUGACGGUUCUGCGGUUACCUGCGAUGUGGCACCCACGGAUUCCUCCUGCAUCGACUGCCGAGUGUAUCCCACUCAUGUUGAGUGUCUUCAGAGACUUUGGGCCACAACCACUACUGCUGCCCCCUUUACCACGGCCACCACCAAGAGAUCCCGAAUCGGCAGAAUUCGUAACUUCUUUAGCACUUUCAUCACGCGGAUUAGAAGUAAAAAUUGGUUUUAAAUAACAAAUAAUAAAAACUUUUGUGAGAA